AGAGAGGUCCUAUCAAGUCAACCUCUUCAAGCAAUCUUCGGUCAUUGAUUCGAUGUGGCAAAUUCUCUUUUGGGGGUUUACGUGUUAGUUCAUGAUUAGCCAAGAAAUAACACUGAAUAUGGGGUUCAGAAGUCUGUGAUCUGUUUGAGGAGAAAUAAUUUUCAUUUCUUACCGACAUAUUGAUCAAUCGCAAACAGCUUCGUGUGGCAUAUCAUGGCCAGAAAACUUGUAUGUUUCUUGUUGGUUCAAAUCGUCAUGACGACGAGUGCUACUGCGAACGCUUCCGAGGUCACACUCCCUGGCUACGUCGUUACUCGCAAUCGAAGCACUAGCAACAUUUAUUGUCAAUCCAACGAAACAGUGUCGCUCGUAGCAUUUUGCUACUCCAUCUACGGAGAACUGGAAGACUUCUCACCGACCGCGCCGUGGUCACAUCGUAUCCCAUUUACCCCUGCCCAGCUCGGCACCGAAUUCUGGCUCAUUUCCCGUCCCAACCAGCGGCCAACCAUGAUACUGGAUCUGAACAACAAGACUGCACUCAACAAUGCAUCUAUGAAUCUUUACGGAAAAGUUUACAUACUAGUGCACGGCUGGCACUUCGGCAGUUCUUCAUCGGAAAACUGGACUGAGCGGCUGACGAGCGAGCUGAUGAGUGCUGACAGCUCCAACGAUGUGGUAGAAGUGAAAUGGACCAAGGGCGCCAGAGGGUUCUAUCCUCAGGCUGUUGCGAACGUCAGGGUUGUGGCUCGACAGCUCGCGUUCUUCAUCAACAGCUUGCAGGUAGUCCAAAACAUCUCUGGUCACAGCUUCCACCUGAUAGGACACAGUCUGGGGGCGCACGUGUGUGGCAUCGCCGGGACUUUUCUACAGCAGCGAUAUGGCAUCACUAUCGAAAGGAUCACGGGUCUUGACCCAGCACAACCGGGGUUCAAGACUGAAGAGAGUCUAACUCGACUUGACCAAAGUGACGCAUCCUUCGUGGAUGUCAUCCACACCGACACGGAUAACUACUAUGGCAUCCCCAUAAACCUUGGUAUGAAAGACCCAAUUGGACAUCUGGAUUUCUACCCCAACGGAGGUGGACCGCAGCCUGGUUGUUUGGGAGAACGACCAGGGUGUUCGCACUCUCGCGCUCACGAACUAUUCAUUGAGUCGGUUAGGCAAGAGUGCUCCUUCGUGGCCGUACGCUGUUCCACAAAAGAAAUGUUCUUCAAGGGUGAAUGUUGGGGAUGCAAAGCACCUCACGAGUGCUCAGAUAUGGGGCUCAUGGCCGUGCCUACGGAAGUGCCUGUUAACUCAAAAUUCUUGCUACUAACGCGCGGUUCUUCUCCGUACUGUGACUACCACUAUCUGGUCUCCAUCACCCUGGGCAACAUCAACGGCUGGGAAAUCAAACUUCGUUCCCUUGCCAUCAUUGGCUCUUCUGGCACCUCCGACUACAUAGGCCUCACAAGCGCACCUGAAUACUCCACGGCAGGAUCUGUACAUCGUUAUGUGGUGCUUGCAAGAAGCUUAGGACAACUUCGUUUGGUCACCGUCUCCCUCACGUACCGCCGACUUUCUGCCUCUGAUGUUUCCAUGGGGUUACGGGAGUCCCGCCUGUUCCUCAGCAAAGUUUCAGUGCAGAUGCUCGGCUCCGAGUCAUUAACCGAAUUUUGUUUCAAUGGUUCAUCGGGCGAGAGGAACGUCCAGCAUGUCACCUUGACAGCCGAUGAAAUAUGUUCAUCGACUACGGAAACAGUGUUGCCACCAGCAACAACAACAGGAUUGGCUGCAACACCACUGCCACUAGUUGGAGCUGCCACAGCCCCGGUGACAACCUCCUCUUCAGUGCCACAAGCUGGAGCAGCCACAAUAGGUGUAGCACCGACGGCAGGAGCAGUAGGUACAAAAUCUUGAGUAAAAGAAAUUGUAGACCUCCUAACAACAACAGAACUGGUGUUAGAUCCACUGCAUUUGUACAACCGCUAUCACUAGCGACAAAUGUAACAGACCUUGAAGCAACAACGUUAGUUCCCGAAGCCGCGACACCUACAUCAGUACCAUGGCAAAAAGCCUCAAAUAAAAUCUUACCUGCAGCCGCUACAGUGACAUUCGUGCUACCAACACCAGCACCAUAAGCUUCAGUAGAUACUCCGGUAGCAGCAGCACCGACAGAGAAGUUCACAACAUUUGCCGGUGCUAUAAGGUCUUCAUCAGAUGAGAUGAUUGCACUUCAAUCACAAGCACGAGCAGCAACUGCCCCUGCAGUAACAACAGUGAUAGCAUUAACAGUGGCACCGCCCUUAACAUCACGGCCAAGAGUCUCAGAUAGAACUCUACCUGCAGUAUCGAACAUGAGGUCCAAUUUUUGUCAGCCCGAAAUAGCAGGUAAAUUAAUUCAAAUUGUUGGACUCGCUUUUCGUGAACAAAAUAAUCCUUCCAAAAUAUACCAUGUAACUCGUUUAGACAUAAUUUGAUCAUACAACAAAUCACCUGCAAAAUACAGCACCAAAUAUGUUGUUGUGUGAAAAAAUCAGUAUCAUUACUGAUAUAUGAUUAUUCUCUUAUUCUAAUGCUUUUCAGUCAACAACUGUAUGUUCUAUGAUUUCGCUCUAUGAAAAUAUUUUACAAUAAUAUUCAUCUAAAUUAUAAUUUUUAAUUAAUAGGGAAAAAUAGUGAACAUCGUCGUAAUGUUAGAGGUGGAAAAAUGCCCUGACCAGAAUUUAAUUACUGCAGUCAACACCCGAAGUAUUGAAUCAGUUCCAUAAGUGAUAGGGAUCACUAUUUCCAUAGACUGAUUAUUAUGUAUAUAAUUAAUGUUUCUUUCAUGUCAUUUGUCCAAUUUGAU